CACCACCGGGAACGAGCAGCAAAUACGUUGUUUUUCAACACGAUACGAUGUAUUUUGUGUUUCUUUUCAGAAUUAUAUAAUUUCUAAUAGUACUAUUUUUAAUGGUGAUCAUAAUUAAAUAUGCACCCCAGAAAUAUUUACAAAAUACGCCCCAACUUUGCCGAUUUGGCAAAAAAGUAUGACUUUUUUGCACCAUUUCUUACCCUGGAUGCGAGUGGGAAUCCAAAGAUAAAUUUUAAGGAUGGGGCAGCCUUGCGAGCCUUAUCGAGGGCCUUACUAUUACAAGAUUUCGGAGUGGAAGUUGAUAUCCCUGAAAACGUGCUUAUCCCGACGAUUCCACUACGACUUAAUUACAUUCUGUGGCUGGAGGACUUGUUGGAGGGGGCGAAACAAAGUUGCGAAGGAACAACGGCGCCAGGUUCGACGGGGGGAGAAGAGGUCGUGAGAGGAAUUGAUGUUGGAACGGGUGCUACAGCAGUAUAUGCUUUACUCGCUGCUAGAAAAAAUUCUUGGGCGAUGACGGGGACGGAAGUGGACUCGGAAUAUGUCAAAAUCGCCCAGAGGAAUGUCGACAAGAACAAAUUGUCUCAUCUGGUCACAAUUGUCCCAUCCAAACCAAAUUCACCUAUCCUCUCGCCAAUCCUUAAUCAAGUGCCGGAUAACCACUAUUCUUUCACGAUGUGCAACCCACCAUUUUUCGGAUCUGAUGAAGAAACAGAUUCAGUGCGGAAGGGACGGUUUUCUUCAAAAGAUGAACCCCUGCGGCCUUCUCCAUCUGGGGCUAAAAGUGGUCAGGCGGCAGAGUUAAUUGCAGAGGGAGGCGAACUUCAAUUCGUGCAAGGUCUUAUCCGUGAGUCGCUGGCGCACAGGAGAAAAGUAUUAAUCUACACCACUAUGCUCGGCCUCAAACGUCAUCUAAAACAAGUAAUUUCCUACCUCCGCCACCACAACAUUGCUAAUUACACCACGACAGAGUUCGUGCAAGGAAAAACUAUGCGGUGGGGUAUCGCAUGGUCAUUCUCCGUCAACCUCCUCCCUCCUCAACCCGACUUGGUCACCACCUUUCCAAAUUUUUCCACCCUGGUCAACUUCGAGACGCUGAUUCGCUCUUAUCUCGAGGAUUUAAAAUUGCACGCACUCCACUGGCUACCAUCCUCUUCGGAAGACGUCGACGUGGCGCGGCCCGUUUUGGAGAUGGUAGCAAUGCAUAAUACUUGGUCAGGCCAGAGGAGGAAGAGGAGGCUAGAGAGACAGAAAAUGGAGGAGGAUGGCUCGCCACAAAAAAUACAAAAGUCGGAAGAAAAUCCAUUAAAAUCACCAGAUUCAUCAUCGACAACUUCGGCCACGAAUGAGACACAGCAAUCCAUCCUGCUCCACUGUUUUCUAGAUUUCCUGCGGGAGGAGGAUGGUUCGGCAAAGAUAUUAAUGCGCUAUAGAGAUGGUACGGCGGGGAAAGAGGGUCUUCAUCAGAUUCAGCAGUAUAUUAAAAAUCGGUACGGGAAGGAUGCCAAGGAUCCGAGCAGUCCGGUGUUUCAAAUGAACGUGUAAAAGAACAAAGCUCAUGUGACCUCUGAAAAUUAAAAUUAAGCAAAGCGUCAUACGUUAAAAUAUUUAGAAUUAUGUAACUUUCAGUUAUAUUUUUGUACCUUGCAUUACUGUUCCUAUAUAAAGUAAGUUAAGUAACUCAUUAAAUUAGUCAAAUGCAAUUGAAUAAUGUUAUUAGUUGAUUGGUUGAUCUUCAAUGACACCUGACACCUUCGUACUAUGUCAUUAUUAACACUAAUUGAAUAAGAAUUAGUCUGAAGUGUGACCAUAUUUGGAGAUAUGUUGUAGGACACUCUGUAUUCGACCCAUAUUUGUAAACAUCAUAACUUCACAUGACUCACUCUCUGUGGGGAAUCUAGAUAUAAUCUAUCUCUCUCAAAUCUUUGCAAUAAGGACAUGAAAUUUUGCACACUUCUGAAACGCAUACUAUUUUUUUAAUAUUUUAAGUUUGAACUUGAUUUAUUUCAAGGUAUUUUGUUACUAGCUAGAUGAUUACAAUUUAUUUCACGUAGGCGAUUAACUGCAUCAUUAGAGGAUAUGGAUUUUUCUAGAUACUUUUUUUGCGACCGGUUUUAAUUUGCAAGUAAUGCGUUGGCGGUUAUAGUUUGCAGUAUUAAUGUUCGUUUGGCUAUUAGAUUAAUAAAAAAUGUUAUGCACAACAAUAACAUACCGUAAAAUCCUAACAAAAAGUCAUAUCUCGUAGCAUAUGCAGAAUUACAUUUAAUCCUAGAGGGAGUAAUUAGCACAUUUGCGAAUUUGCAAAUACACAAUUGGCAAUGGAUAUAGAUAACUACAAAGGAUGACCUCAUCAUUGCCAUAAGUUCACUACACAAGUUUUCGUCCCACACAGGAACGAGUGGACCAAGGGCGUUGGAUGGACAUUUACGGCGAGAUUCCCAUUUCUUCCUUCCUUUUAUGACCACACUUUAUUUACGUUAAAGGCUUUAAGAACUGAACCACUUUUUAGUAGUUGAUUACCAGUUCAUUUUCGUCUCUCCUCAAGAUAACAACACUUUUUCACAAUUUCCCGAAUUUGCCAAUUAUUUAAAUCCAAAUUUCAAAAUGGUUAUCAACGUCGUUUACAAUAAGCCUCAUUUCGACAAGGCGUUGGAGGAAGCGGCCAGCAAUUUGGUCGUUGUCGAAUUCACGGCUCAUUGGUGCAACGCUUCUGCAUCCAGCCUGAAAAAAGUGGCUGACUUGGCUGCGGCAAAUCCCACCGUCGCAUUUAUCAAGGUCGAUGCUGAGAAAAAUAGUGAGAUUUCUAACCUUUACAAGGUCAACUCACUUCCAACAUUCCUCUUCCUUAAGGACGGUGUUCAGGUCGACCGAAUGGAUUAUUCCCUCCCCUCCGAGUUGGAACAGAAGGUCAAGAAGCACAAGCCUGUUUAAAUAUAUGGAAAAAAUGCCAUCUAAAUAAAAUUCAUCUUUACAAACUCAAACCAUUUCCAAAAUUCUAAAUAUUAACUAAAUU